CGAUUCUGUUUGCGUCAUUUUCUAAGACCAGCUACCAAACGCAUUCGUUACAUUGAUAGCCUUUGGUCAAUAGAACGUCCGUUCCGCGGUCAGAGUCAGUCACGCGUGUGCGCGCAGGUCCGAAUGAGCGCGCAAAGUGUGUUCGUGCAGUACUGACAGUUACGCAAGCCACAUUAAACAGAGCCACGAUGUCCGACACUGCUGCUCCAGAAGACAACAACGGGGAUCCUGGAUUAAACGGAUCAUGGGUGGAACUGGAGAUGAACCGAAUCUCUGCAUCCCUCGCUUCAUCCAACGUCUCCGUACUGCCUCCUCUAGCCCAGGUCGUAGAGGAGGAGGAGGAGGAUGGGAUGGUGGGAGGGCUAGAGCACGUACCCUCAUCAUCCUCCAUCCACAAUGGAGACAUGGAGAAAAUCCUCCUAGAUGCCCAGCACGAGUCCAGCCGCAGUAACUCCUCUUGUGGCAGCCCUCCUCGACCCCACAGUCCUCAGGAUGAUGGACAGAUAAUUUUUGACGUGGACACGAGGAGAGACAGUCAGGAGGAAGUCAUGGAAAAGAUGAGAGAUGAUGACAUUUUAAUGAAGGAUUCAGAAUGGGUGGCAGACUGGUCGAGUAGACCAGAGAAUAUUCCACCUAAGGAGUUCCACUUCCGGCACCCGCGACGUUCAGUGAUUCUGAGCAUGAGGAAGACAGGGGCGAUGAAGAAAGGAGGCAUCUUCUCUGCUGAGUUCCUCAAAGUGUUCAUCCCAUCACUGCUCCUGUCCCACAUCCUGAUUCUGGGCCUUGGGGUCUACAUUGGGAAAAGACUUACUACUCCCCCUGCAAGCUCCAUUUGAACACAAUUCUGAAGUUCCUCAGGCAUCGACCUAGUUGGAUUAGGGAGAAGGUUGCAGUUUGUACAAAGAAUGACCCCUGCUGCCCCUUUCCUUUUACUCUUUCCCAAACCCUACACUUUCUAUUUCCUUCUCUUUUUGGUAUUUUCUUUCAUUCGGCCUUUCCACAAAGAGAAGUGUCAUUCGCAUAUUGUAGAUUAACAGAAAAGUUUACAUCUCUCCAUUUCAGGCCCUUUUUACUUUCUGUUUGCGGUAUCCCUUUAUUUGUUCAGUUUAUUUAAUAAAAGUGAGUGUAGCAAUACCUCCAUUGCUCUUUAUAGGUUGACUGGCAUUUGAAAUUGGAAGUAUUUGUGGACAGCGGGUUAAAUCAAACCCACAUGCUAUUUCAGCACUAGCUUGAACAGAGAUCUGUCUGUUUAGUUGCCUGUUUGGGUCUGAUCAUGACCCAAAAGUUGGCCACACACACAUAGUGACUGAGUGAUAAAGGAUCCUCCUAGUUUUCGUCCUGAAAUUUGGAUCAAGCAACAAUAUAUAGACUUAUCGAAGAUUUAUGAGCAUGCCUGGUUGGUAGCUAAGAGUUUGUUUAUUUAUUACAACAAAUGCUUUCCUUUUAGUUAUUUUAUUUCAGUUUUGGAAGAGAUGCUAGAAUGAUGGACUUGUAUGUGUUUUGGGAAGGAUAGGGCUCUUCAUAGACCCCCUACACAACCUGUGAUGAUGGAAAAUGGCAAAAUGAAUAGCUUGAUAAUAGUAAGAAACAUAAUAUAUGUAUUUGACUGUACCAGAUGCAUUUUUAUACAAAGUUUUGCAUAAUCUUUACAUACCUCUGACAGUACACAAAGAAAGUGCUUGGUACCAGGAAAUGUAUAAUACAUAAAUUAAUGUCAUAAACAUAUAUUAACCAUCAAGUCGGAUGGGGAUGCCGUGUCCCUGUAUGAAAAGAGAUUCUUUUAUUUUAUUUUUACUGUGCUUGUUUCUCUGUGUUUGUUGCUACUUUGUUUGCAAAAAAAAAAAAAGUCUAGACGCAGUCUAACGAUUAGAACAGGAUGUAGGUGUCCAGGGAUGUGUUUUUAAAAGUUCUUUAACUUGACAAGGCUUCUACAAAUGUGGCGCUGCUGUGUCUGACGCUGAAAAAAUCACAGAGACACGGCACAAUGGACAUAUAAAUACACUCGGGCAGCCUGCUUGUGUGUUUUGCCAUGUCAGUCAUUUUGGAAGUUUGUUAAAUCAUCUACAGUAUCUUAUUGCAUUUUCAUGCUGUUAGCUUGAGCAGAUAAUCAUGAAAUGUAAGAGGUUUUUGCACCACAGUACAACAACAAGUGACCAGGUGUGAUGUGUUCCAACCAGCAGAAGAAUUUACCUGAAAGGAAUUACAGUUGUUGCAAAUUCAAUUAUAUCAUCAUUUACUCAUCCUCAUGUCGUUCCAAACGCGAAUAACUUUUAAAGACAUUUUGAUGAAUGUUCUCUCUGCUCUUUUCCAAACAACGGAAAUGAAUGGAGACAGACUUUAUAGAGCUGUACAACUAGUCCAUAUGACAUGUGUGCUGUAUUCCAAGUCUCCAAAGGUCAUAUGAUACUUUUUUUGUUGUUAUUUGCUUAAGACUUGGUGUGUGAAGAUGCGUCAUGCCAGGUUUGAAUGAAGUAUGUAUGAGAUUAAAGAACUACAGCUUAAAUUUCUGUCUGUAACUCCCUAAAAGAUUUGGCCUUCAUUGUCUAAAUCUGUGAAGGAUUUGUCUCUCCUCAAACAGCUGCCAAAACCAACUGAGAGGUCAUCUCUUAUAAACUUUGUGCCUCGGCUCCUUAAUAAUGUUUGAUACUUUGUGAUGUUAUCAUUUUCAAAAGCUAUUUUUUUCAGUUUUCUAUGCCACAUGCUAUUUUACGUUCCUUUUUUUUUUUUUUUUUUUGUGCCACCUUGUGUGUGAACACAACAUUUUGAAGGUUUCUCUUAUGCUUUGUUUAACUUUUUCAAUGCUUUAAAAACCAAGGCAAACUAGUGUAGAUAUUACACAGGGGUGAAGAUACAGGAUAGAUGUUAAUAAACAAAGAUGUGUUGAGUGGGUUUUAGUUUUAUUGUUAAAGGGAUAGUUCACACAAAAAUGAAAAUUCUCUCAUCAUUUACUAACUCAUGCUUUUCCAGAUGUGUGACUCUGUUUCUUCUGCAUUACACAAAUGAAUAUGUUUUUUGAAGAAUAUCUCAGCUCUGUUGGUCUAUACAAUGCAAGCAAAUGGUGACCAGAACUUUGAAGCUCCAAAAAGCACAUAAAGGCAGCAUGAAAGCAAAUGAAAAAUAAAUUACAUUUAUUUGUACAGUGGUUAAUUUCACUGGAUUUCUACAGUGAUUUAAAUCUAUAUCAUCAGAAGCUAUAUAGAUAGGAGUGGUUGAGAAACAUCAAUAUUUAAGUCCUUUU